AGUAUUUAUACGUGUAUAUCUUCAUUUUACUUUUCAGUAUAUAAGAAAGAAAAGUGGGGAAAAAUAAAAGACUUUAAUUCCGGGGUAUAAUAAUAAAAUAAUAAUGUUUGGUAAGUAUAGGCUGGCUUAGCUUAUUUGUAGUGUAGCUUUAUCCUAUAAAUAUUACAUAUACCACCACCAUUUGUCAUCCAUAACAAAAUUACUUCCAAAGUGUCAAUUCAAUUCUUCUCACAAUGUUGUCAAUAUUCAUGAGAAAACACAUGAUGAGAGCUCAAGUGAUUAAAGCUGUUAUAGUUGCAGUUCUUGUACUUAACAUAGUAAAUGGAGUUGAGUGUAGUAGAAGAAGAGGAAAAGGAAGUAAAAAAGGAAGGAAUGUAGAGACUUCGUUAGAGUACAGUGCCAUAAGCUGUAGAGCUCAUACUGCAGUGCUUACUGAUUUUGGUGGAGUUGGAGAUGGAAAAACAUCCAACACUAAGGCCUUUCAAGAUGCCAUUAACAAUCUCACUCAAUAUGCAUCCAACGGUGGAGCUCAGCUCUUUGUCCCUCCUGGUAAAUGGUUGACUGGCAGUUUCAGCCUCAUUAGUCAUUUCACUCUUUAUCUCCACAAGGAUGCUGUUCUUCUUGCUUCUCAGGACAUAAGUGAGUGGCCUGUCCUCAAAGCAUUGCCAUCGUACGGCCGAGGAAGAGACGCUGCUGGUGGACGCUUCGCCAGUCUCAUAUUUGGAACAAACCUCACUGAUGUUGUUGUAACAGGGGAAAAUGGGACAAUUGACGGCCAGGGUUCAUUUUGGUGGCAGCAAUUUCACAAGGGCAAGCUCAAGUAUACAAGGCCUUACUUGAUUGAGCUUAUGUAUACUGAAAAUAUUCAGAUUUCUAAUUUAACACUCUUGAAUUCUCCAUCAUGGAAUGUUCAUCCUAUUUACAGCAGUAACAUUCUUAUUCAAGGAAUUACAAUCAUUGCCCCAGUUUCAUCUCCCAACACAGAUGGGAUCAACCCAGAUUCUUGCACAAACACCAGAAUAGAAGACUGUUACAUAGUCUCUGGCGACGAUUGUGUGGCUGUGAAAAGCGGUUGGGAUGAGUACGGCAUUGCCUUUGGAAUGCCGACGAAACAGCUAGUAAUCCGACGGCUCACGUGCAUUUCACCAUACAGCGCUGUGAUCGCGCUGGGGAGUGAGAUGUCAGGGGGAAUCCAAGAUGUCCGAGCAGAAGACAUUGUGGCCAUCAACACAGAAUCCGGGGUUAGAAUCAAGACUGCUGUGGGGAGAGGAGCAUACGUUAAGGACAUCUACGUGAGGAGAAUGACAAUGCAUACCAUGAAAUGGGCAUUUUGGAUGACUGGAAACUACAAGGCUCAUGCUGAUAACCACUACGAUCCCAACGCUGUGCCGGAGAUCAAAGGGAUCAACUACCGUGAUAUGGUGGCUGAGAAUGUGUCAAUGGCAGCCAGGUUGGAGGGGAUAUCUGGUGAUCCCUUUACUGGUAUUUGCAUCUCAAAUGUCACUAUUGGCAUGGCGGCCAAGGCAAAGAAGCAACCUUGGACUUGCACUGACGUGGCGGGGAUCACGAGUGGUGUCACUCCUCCGCCAUGUGCGCUUUUGCCUGAUCAGGGUGAGAAGAAAAUGGAUUGUGAUUUCCCUGCUGAUUCACUUCCUAUUGAUUUAGUUGAGUUCAAGAGAUGUAGCUACAAGAUGAGUUAUUAUGUGUAAGUUGUAGAUGUCGACUACCCUAUACUAUCAAACAGCAGCAAUUCCAGCUCUUGUUGAGUUUGGAUAUUGAUAUUUCUUAGUAGAAGAAGAUAAGAUCAUCUCUGUUUUUGUAAUUCCAUGUUGAAAGUGUAUGCUUUUCAUCAACUAUAGUAAUAUGGUAAUUGAUUAUUAAGUUA